CCUUGUUAUUCGUAAAUAUUAGCGGUAUUUCCAGUGUUAUGGAUAAUGCAAGGAUAACAAAGGAUAAGAUGGCCAAAAAAGAAAAAGGGGAAGAACUUCACAAAGAUAAAACACGAAAAAAGCGCAAAAACCACAAAUCCAGCAAAAUCAAAACAUUGGAGACUGCACCAUUAACCCAAUCUCCCAAUUUUCAACAAGUUGUGGAGGAGGAAUUUGGUGAACAGGAAGUUGUGGAGGAGCAGGUCGUUGAGGAGGAAGUAGUUGUAGAUGGAGACUAUCCAAGUCGCAUGCCCUCCACCGAAAUCGAUAUAAACGAGUCAAUCAUAUAUAAUGAGGAGAUUGUGGACAUAGAAGUUGAAGAGGUCACAUUGGACUACAGCAUGGAAAGCAGCAGAAUGGAGGAAGAAUCGGUGGAUCAAGUUAUUGAAACGAUUGAAAAAGUUAAGAAACCAAACAAAAAGAAUGAGUUGUUGCAGACGCCUCUUAACAAGGCCUCCUCUUCAACUGCUGCAAGCUCGAAUGCCAAAAAAUCCAAGAAGAGACGGGAAAGCGGCACCUCAAGUGAAGAAGAACGUUGGCUUACCGCCAUAGAGUCUGGCAAACUGGAAGAUGUUGAGGAUGUGGAGUUGCGCAAAAUAAAGGAUCCCAAACUUAUGACAGCACGUCAAAGAGCCAUGUAUGAUCGCAAUAAUGAGACGGAGUCGGCUCCAGGUUUUACAGAGGCACUUAUUGCUUUGCCAACAGGCUAUAAGGAAAAGGAGAAACCCCAAACAGCGGAAGAAAUACAAAAGGCAGCGCUAAAAAUUCUGCGAAGAAAACAGCAAGCCGACGAGAAACGAGAAAAAGAUAAAAAGAAGACCAUGGAUCGUCUGUUGAAGAAACAGGAAAGCAAGAAUCGAUCAUCAGCCAAGCCCAAGACUGCCAAAGAGGCAAUACCUGUUAUAAGCUACAGAAAUACAGCUGAGGGAAGUUUUCUAAAUUUGCCCUUGGGUAUGGAGUUUCCUUUGCAGCCACAGACGCCGAAAGAACCUCCACCAAAGCAGUUGUGUGGCAUUCAAGGAUGUGGUCAGCCGAAAGUGUAUAAUUGCUCCAAGACCAAUAUGCCGCUGUGUAGCUUUGCUUGCUAUCGCAAAAAUGUUCAGUCCUUGAAAAAUAUUAUUUGUUAAUAAGCGAAACAAAGACAACAAACUCUGGAAUUGUAAUAAAAGUUUAC